AGGUCAAUUCAUUUACCAGUAAAACCUAUGCCGAAGACGUGACCGAUGUGGGAAUGGGCGGCUAAAAAUGUCAAACAUUCCGACUGAAAACAUCAUUAAUUCGCAACUAAAUUAGACUUAAGCAGUGAGAGAUGAUACCCCGGGUACCUAAAGGUACAAUUUGGACCGCUAGGCAUGUUUGUAAGUUGCUAAACGUGGGGCAAACAUCAGGCGGCGGACGGCCAUGGUGUUCCCCGUCAAGUUUCAGCAGACAAACCAUUUCGUGCGUGCAUGCAGCAGCAUCCUGUUCGACAUGUUCGAGAAGUCAACUUGACGUCCAUUUGGUUCAGAAGUUCACUCCCCAGCGGAAGGGGCUUACGAAUCGUGAACAAGGUCACGCAGGUGCUGUGUACAUACAUCGAAGACACCACAAACCUUACCCUAUACGAUGCAGUUUGGCAAGGAACUUGAACAUGUUGAACCUGAAAAAAAUAACAAAUUGUGUUCGAUAUUUGAGCACCAGUAACCAUGGAAAUGUCAGACCGCUUUUGUCUCAGAAACAAAGUAGUGAUGUUGUCAGUGUGAAUGUUAAAACUCGCAAGCAGGGCGGAAACCUUAGCAGAGAACGGACACUCGAGCGUGAGAAACUAGCUGACUUGAAGAGAUCGUCUCCAGUCAUUGCUGGACCUAGUUUGGCGAGUGGAGAUGUCGUCCUUGAACGAGAUGGCCACAACACAGAAAUUAUGGUUGUGAACUCGCUAACAAAACAACUACUGAAAAAGGAGCCUUUGGUUUUACGGAAUCAAAAUGUGGCAACUUGGUAUUCCUGUGGUCCGACAGUCUACGAUAGUCCUCAUCUUGGUCAUGGAAGCUGUUAUGUCCGCUUUGACAUCCUUCGGCGCAUCCUCUCUGAGUUCUAUGACAUCAAUGUGGUUCAUGUCCUUGGCAUCACAGACAUUGACAGUAAGAUCAUCCAGAGAUCUCUUGAAGAAGGCAUUGAUUUCUACAAGCUGACAAAGAAAUAUGAGACCGAGUUCUUCCGUGAUAUGGAGAAGUUACAGGUUUUGCCUGCCACUGUGAACCCACGAGUGACGGAUCAUAUUCCACAGAUUAUCAACUUUAUUCAGAGGAUAAUAAAGAAUGGCUAUGCUUACCCAACUGAAAGUGGCAAUGUGUACUUUGACGUGCAUGCCUUUGGCACACAUCGAUACAAGAAACUAGCCACGCACUACAUGGAACCAGGGACGCGGGAUACCGAGAAGAAGUCGCCCGAGGAUUUUGCGUUGUGGAAGGCUGCUAAGCCAGACGAACCCUGGUGGCACUCACCGUGGGGAAGUGGGAAGGGACGACCUGGCUGGCAUAUAGAGUGCUCUGCUAUGUCAAGCGAAAUAUUUGGAGAGAAUCUGGACAUCCAUACUGGAGGUCGCGACCUUGCCUUCCCCCAUCACAACAAUGAGAUUGCCCAGUGUGAAGGCUGCUUCAAUUCAAACUCUUGGGCGAGGUACUUCCUCCAUUCAGGUCAUUUGUUCCGUAAGAGUGACCCUAACAAGAUGUCCAAAUCUUUGAAGAACUUUGUGACAAUUGAAGACUUCUUGCAGUCCUAUUCAGCCAACCACUUCAGAGUUCUCUGUCUCAUGUCCAAGUAUAGUAAUGAUAUUGAGUAUUCUGAAGAAACUGUCCGUCAUGCCGUCAAGAUAUGCAGGCAGCUAUCUUCCUUUCUCAAUGAUGCCGAUGCUUAUGUUAAAGGUCAACUCAUGGCCCGGGAGAUCAGCGAGGCCGCCCUCAUGCAGAAACUUGCUGAUACCCAGACCCAAUUCAUGAAAGCAGUAGCUGAUGAUUUUGACACCAAGCGGGGACUGGAUGCAAUCAUGGAGCUGGUCCGAGCAGCAAACAUGGCGAUAGGUGGUAAACAACAUCAGCAACACAUGAAUGUGCCUAGAUGUGCUGGUGCUAUUGCUGGAGUUGCAUCCUACAUCGAUCGGAUCCUUCAGGCGCUGGGAGUCAAGUUCCAGAGUAGAAUGGAUGUGGCAGCUAGCAGAUCAACCAAAGCACUGUCUUCCACCAUGGAUACCUUGAUCAACUUGAGGAGUGAGGUCAGAAAGUGGGCACUGGACACGCCCCUUGAAGAUGACCUCAAAGGGUCAGAGGUCACACAAUCAGGGACAGCAGACAAACCUAAACCCAAGAAGCUGAUGUACAAGGCUCUUCAUCGUCGUGCUGAGCUGCUACAGAAAUGUGACAAUGUCCGUCAAGAUUUGCUCCAAGCUGGAGUCCAGAUUAAGGACCGAGGAACCUCUGCAACGUGGGAGUAUGUGGAAAAGAAAGCAGGAGACCAGCCUUAAGCAGAGUACCAGGAUGCCAUCAGAACUUGACAUCUGUCUUCAGUGAUUGUUACAGGACAAGGUAUAUGCAGACGUUAGGGGCAACUGACUCUGAAUAUUGUUGGCACAAAGCCUAAUCCUCCCAUGUCUUUUAUAAUCCAUAACGAGGAUUUGGAGGACUGUGCAGGUUUGGAGAAGGUGGAGGCAAGCCACUUUCACUUUACAUGAGGCUUGAUUUGAUGCCCUUUAAAAGUGCUAAUGAAUUUGGAAGUUCGAGGUUUGAGAAGGUUUGUAGCAAAAAUAAUUAACAACAGCUAAUCAUUGCUCCUGAUUUAUUGCCAUGUUGGCAUGAUAGGACUCUGUGCACAAGUAUUGCCUUUAUGGUCACAAAGCGUGACCGUUGGGAGGGAACUGAAUUGCAUUGCUGAAGGCGCCUGAUGCUCACGCGAAGACCCCAUGGGUUUGUGUAAAUGCAGAAUAAAAUCAGCUGUGCAUACUUAACCACUAUAGGCACAGGAUCUGGUAAUGUGUCUCCCCCACAAGUAUUUAAAAGUUUCAAAAGUGCUAUUUACUGUCCAGGCACCGAGACCGUAGCUGGUGAUCCAUGAUUGCAAUUGAUAUUUUCCAGACACCAGACUUGUGAUAUAUUUUCGGACAAAACAUGUUGUGGGGACAGGCGUAUGUCUCAUUGGCACAUUAACAAUACCCACCUAAACUAAAUUUGGAUGCCUGAAAUUUCAGUCCGUAGGAAUUGUAUAUUUAUCGUGCUCUUUAUUCUUAUUAUUCAUUUCGGGAUGUUUGAGAAUUGUUUUUAAAAAUGAGUAAAGACAACCUUAAAACUGGUUUCUUGUAUUGCUGUACAUAGUUCCUUCUAUGGGAGAAAAUAUGAUAAUGGUUUAUAAAAAAAAGAUUUUUUUUCCGAGUCAGAAGCAGCAAAAGGAAAUUGUGUUUGAAAUGUAAUUUUGAAGCCUUCCACCUUAGAGGUUUGGUCGUUCAAAUCCUGCAUUAGACAUUCAUCAGGUUUUGGCCCUUCAUUGCAAAGACGUCCUGUUUGUCCAAGGGAGGUACAAGUUGUGUUUGUCCUAGUGAUGAGUUACGAAUAAUACCCACUUCAAAGAGCUGAUAAUCAUUAGAUUUCCUCAAAGGACGGUAAUUGGUGGACAAUGUUCACGGUAUCAAAUUAUCCUUGUAUAUUGACAAUGUUAAUAAAGUGUAGUAAUUUUCUUAUGAUUAAAUCAAUUUUAAAGGUUGAAUCUUGCCCUCGGCCAGGUUUCUAUUUGACUUGUGAAUUAGACAUUAACAAUACAUCCAUGUAGAUUACACGCCAGUAUUUUCAUAGUAUCUCAAAAAUUAGAGAUAUGCAGGACAGCCCGUUCUUGGAACAACAAAACACUGUAAAUAUUGCGGGUUUUGAUUCGCGACGUUCUUAUUUCACGAUGCUGUAUUCUUUUUUUAACGAAUACUCUACAUGUGUGCAGUGCAAACCAUUCUGAUUUAUACUUCAUCAGAUUUGAUGUCACGUUACAAACAUUGUCUGCUAAGACUUAAAAGAAACAUACUAUUACUGACCAUUUCACAAACCUGGGUUCAUCAGCAGUUUCGGCUUGACAUUGAACCUCCUGACUCAAUAGGGAUCGGUUUCCUACCUCAAGAGCAUGCCGAAGUCUAGAAUCGUUCUGAACAUUACCAUACAGACUGACAAAUCAAUGGACAAAGAUUUUAUUUCAGUAAUGGUCAUAGCUUUAAAGAUCCCAGCCAACUUUUUAUUUAAACAAAAAUACAAUGUCGACACAGUUUACAAGAAAACAACUGUACAGUUGAAAUAAAGUAUCCAACGAACUAGAACACCUGA